AUGAUGCUUUUCGUAAAUACUAUUUUGAUAUCUACUGAACAAGCUAUCUCUCCCAGUCCCGUUUAUGGUCGUAGACAACAACUUAGCCCGACUGGAAGUAAAAAGGAUUCGGAAGCGUCAGUCGUACGGCUUGGUGCUCCUAUGUUAAAAAACGCUGCUUCGCCGACUCACACCUUAGACCCACCUCAGUCUACCCAACAUGGUAAUGGAAAGCAAAUAAAGUCAGAUUUAUCUCUAAAGAAAGUGGAAUUAGAUAUGAAACCGGGGUAUGGACUUCAAACUCAUCAGGGUGCGAAGGAUGGCGAAAUGUUACCGCAGCAAAAUGGGGUGAUUAGUGACGGACAGACAAAAGAAGAUGUCCAUCAAGUUCACCAAUUAUCAGAGCAGGAAAACCAACAGCCUCAAACAGGACUGCAGGAAACUCAACCAACACGGCUGACAACACAAAAUGUAGAGUCUGCACCUCAGCUGGCUCAACUGGUUACGAAACCUUUGCAUGAAGACCAACAGCAGGAUAAUAAAAAGAACGAAAACAACAAUAACAAUAAUUGCGGAGGCGGAUGUGGAUGUUGCUGUGGAGCAGGGAAUUGUGGAACAAAUAACAACAAUGACGGCAAAAAGAAUGGCCAAGGAAAUAAUAACUGCUGCGGUUGUUGCUGUUGUUGCCAACCAUGCUGCUGCUCGCCGUGUGGAUGCUGUUGCCAUCCAUGUUGCUGUCACCAUCAUGACUGCUGUGUUCAUCACGUGCAUCACGUCGAACAUCAUCAAUGUCCUUGUCCAUGCGCACCACCAUGCUGUUGCGAAUGCGCAUGCGCGCCGCUGCCUUGUGGGCCCUGCGAAUGCAUUCCGCCGUGUUGCAGUGGUGGAUAUGGAUACUUGGAUCCUCUCUGUGGUGGUUGUGGUGGAUGUUUUGGCUGUCCUCCACCGUAUGGAAGUGGUGGAUGGAGUUGUCCUUGCGGUUGUGGUGGUUACAACUGCAACAUUUUUGUAUCUGAAAAAGAAGGUGAGCACUCUGAUUUCAUCUCUGAUAAAUAAAGCACGUUUUCUAUAUUUCUGAUCCUACCAGUAUAAGGUCGCCUAUCGCAUAAACCCUACUCUUCACGAGUGUCUCCUCAACUUGGUGAAUAGAGCUCCGCUCGUGCAAGGUCAUGCCGCCACAGUUUUGUCGCUCAUGAUACGCUGAAAAAUGACUAGUUGGUUUCUUUUAAUCACUGCCAAUAAUUUGAUUUUUUUUUGAAUCAGCAAUAUCUUUUUAAAGUUAUCAAGACAUUCAAUGCUACUGUAGAAAUUUUCCCUUUGAAACCAGCGAACAAUAUCCGCAUUAGACGAGUUACGUUUGUUUUGUUUAAAACUCUACGGAAUUGCCAUUUUACAAAUUGCUUUCCUAGAAUCGGGUAAAGAAAAGGGUAAAGGAAAAACAGAAGACAAGAAUGGAGAACGUCGAAAGCGUAUUCUUCGCUUAGGCUACCUCUUUCCAGCCUACCGACCAUAUCAGUUCUUGAAAAGGUAA